AUGGCGCACGAUACUUCCAACGCGUCCUCCCCUCACUCCGAUCCGUUGCCAGCCGAUCAUGGUCCCCCUUUUUCUUUGCCUGAAGACAUCCCUUCUUCUAUCUCGGAAGGCCACCAAGCUAUCAAUGAUGGUUUACCGUUCAAACAACCGCAGCCCACCAGUAAGGAUCUUCAAGAGAAGACUUCCUCCAGCGCGGCCACCGGUGCCAAAACGGUUAAGAGAUCGGAGGAAUGGAAGGUCCCACCUCCCAAGCGACUGGCUCGAGUGGUCAAUGCUCACCAGAAGACAGUAUCUCCGUCGGUGCAACGACUGGUUAAACCCGGGAAGUCAAAACCCACCGCAGAUGAAUUCCGUUCGACUGGCCGGGAUGGGGCUGCGUUAGACCCCGCGUUAUCGGCCGAUGAAGAGGAUGUGAAUGUUGCUGACGAAGAGGAGACUGGCUCGCGCUCUUCUGCACUGAUCAACAAGAUGAAGUCCCUCAUCAAAGAGACACCCAAAAAGGCUCUCAAGAAGAAGACGGCCAACAAGUCCAACCCGUUGCGUUUGGGUUCCAUGGACGUUGAUCCACCUGUGACCGAUAAGCAUCAGGCAUCCACGCAUGCAAGAGGGGGUUCGAUGCCCUUGACCAAGGUUGGCUUAGUUCUAUCUCGGCCCUCCAUUAUCGUCCUCACCUUACCGCGUUCUGAUGUGUUUCUCUUCACUAUCUCUUUCAAGUUUGACUCUCAAGGCCUCAAAUCGUCAUCCGCAGGCCAGAAGACUCCUAAGGACAAGAUGCCCGCCGAACGUUCAGACAAGAUGAACAUUGAUCCUCCCGCUCUCGCAAGGCUCAAAGCGACCUUUGCUAUCCCUGCUGCCUCGACUGCCAAUCAGCUCCAGGAGCCUGCUGCCAAUCCUUCUACUCCGGCCCGAAUGGAAAACGUCAACAAAUAUCCGGCUGGACUCACCCGCGGGGGCCCCGAAACUACCCCCGGUAAUCCUGGUCACCUAACCAGAACUCCCUCGACCGCGACUACCAUCUCAAAUUCCGUCCUACCUAAUUUGGCUAAAGCGUCUCUAGCUGACAUGAAGGCAAUGCGCGGGAUUUGGAUAAGGGAUAAGGAGAAUGCCGCUGCCAACGUUUCUGAGCUUCGAAGGGCGGGCCAUCACUUGAUUGCACCGGCUGCCUAUGAAUACCAAGAUCGACACCUCAGGAGGGUGACCAGGUUUUGUUCCCAGCUGGAUCGCAAGAUUGAAGAGUCGGAGCGCACCGGUCUAGUGGAGGAGAUUGAAGUCAUUGACUUGACGGAAGAGCCGGACGAUCCUACAGAGAACAGUGUGGUUGGGUUGACGGGUGCCAAGAGGCCUAUGGAGGGGUCGUCAUCAAUGGAUGUUGAUGACAGCCCAGUUGAGUCCAAGAAGGCUCGAACUUCUGGUCAGUGCACACCUGUUCUCCUGGCUUUGCCAUGUAUGCUGAGAUAUAGGGGUGGUUCUUCAGGCUUGGCUCCCGUAAAGAUUGAUCCUCCAAACCUGGGCCCUUAUGGCUUCCGUUCCAUUCCCGACAAGGAUGCCGCUCUCGCUGGACUUACUCCCCGCUUCCCUGUCAAUAAACAGCCAACGAUUUCGGAGUUCAUCAGUCAAUCUAAUCCAUCUCUCAUGCAGCCUCUGCCGAUGUCUAAUCCUCCACUCCAGCCGACAAAGGGUUCUUCUUCCUCUUUGGCUAAAGGGAAGUUGUCUCCUGUUGUGGUGAUCAAUUCCUCAUCGGCGGCAAACCUUCGGUCAACUCCUGCCUCCUCCCAUUCAACUGCGCCGGAGAAUGUCAACUUGUCAUCUGCCCAAGGAAUGGCCAGCACCUCUUCUCUAGUUGCGGCUUCUACUUCGGUCCCAGCUCUCGGUCCUUCUUCGCUCGAGUCGUCUUCUACUUCUAAUAUCCAUGUCUCAGCGCCCUCCGGUCCUCAAACCUCCAAGAAGUCUUCUCACCCUUCUGCUGCUUCUAAGUCUAAGGACGUGCGGUCAUCUCAACGUGUUACAAGGGGCUCCUCGGGGACCUCCAAACCAACUUCGGCCUCAAAGUCUAAGGAUGUCAUCUCUAACACUCCAGUUCCGCCGGCCACCAAGGAUGUUGCUCCUGCUUCGACAGACAUUCCUCCAGCUACGAAUGAUGUUCCUCCAGCCACGAAAGACUUGCCUGCUAACUCUACUCUGGACGACUCCGCUCAACGUUCUCAGGGCGGUCAAUCAAUCAAUGCGCCUUCUGCCUUGCCUCCAUCUGGGAGGGUGUUGCCGAAUUCGACCUUGCCUGAAAAUUCGGCUCAGAACAAGGAUAAGGAUGUUGUUGACGAGGGGGUGGACGAGUUGGAGGAGCUGUCAGACAGGGAGGAAGCUCCAAAGAAGCGAGGUGGUAAAGGGAAAGGGAAGGCCCAGAAGAAGACUCCGAAAACACCAAAACCGCCAAAGACGCCCAGGCUUAAAGUGUCCGAAAUGACGCCGGAACAGAAACUCGAGCGGGAUCGAAAGGCAAAGCAGAGGAAGGAGGAGAAGGAUAAUUGUGUGUAUGCAAUCCCUCCUCAACCAGGUGCUUUAUUAGCUCCAAUGUGGCCCCCGCUAACGUGCGAGGAGGCUCGGAUAGCUCACAAGGACAUGCUGGUCAAAUCAAGGAAUCCUCACUGGAACUACGGCCCCGAACUCAUGGACAGGGUGGCAAAGAUUGUGAAGGCUUUUGGAGACGAUUUCGAGGAUGACGAGUUUUACACGAAAAUGGAUAACUUUAAGCCUGACUUGGAAGCCAUCCAAGCCUUUGGCUUGGUGUAUAAGGAUGAGUUUUUGAACUUGAUUCCAACUUGCCCAAGGCUUGUGCAGGUGGACGCAGCCGAUCCGUUCUUCAAAGAAGGUGUUGUAGAUCUGUCGAUGAUUAAGGCGGCACAUGACUCGGACGACAAAGUCAAGGCCUCAUCUUGGCAGUGCUUGUACGGAAUGAUGAUCAGGACGGAUGAGCACAGCGAUUAUACUGAGGAUCCGCAUACGGUCAAGGCGAUCGACUCGUCGUUUCGGAAGAUCCACACUCUCACCCAGUCUUGUUUCGACCACUUCCAUCACUAUGUUCUACCUAGCAACAAGCCGGUCUGCGACACAUCCGCAACUUGGAAGCAAGAUACGAUGUUUCAAUCUGGCGAGUUUGUAUUGGCGAAAAUCAAGGCCUUGAAAGCUGGUGCCCAGGGAACUGCUAGCCAUGGGAAUAAACGAACGGGAAACGGCCUUAUGAUCUUACAGAAACGGAUUUGGGAGACUCUUUUCUGCUGUCUGAUGAUGCAACAAGCGCUUUUUCUAGACGAUCUCGACCACUGUAUCAAGACCAAGUCCUUUCCGAACAAAACGAUGGUUGUUUCUCAAUACAUGACAGCAGAAGAUCGGGGCAAAAGUCUGUUCAAAACCGGAGACGUGAAGGACCUCAAGGACUCUAAGGCUCUCAUUGACUGGGGGCAAGAUCGUCUGGCGGCCUUUGGAUCGAUGGCGAUUUUUUUCUUGUAUGGUGCGGCUGGUUGGUGGCAGUGUCUGACUGACUCCCACAACUAUAACCAAAAGGAUGUCUGGGCACUGGUGUAUAUUGCUGAAGCUAAGGCGGAUUGGCUUUACAAUAACGGUCACUACCACGAGAGGACCCCUCAAGACACGCCAUGGUACCGGAUCGAUGGCUUUGUGCGUUGGCUACUCCACAAGACUAACAUGCAUCUCAGACUCACGGCAACGACAGACACGGUCGAUUGGCAAGCGGCGCCCCGAUUCUGGAAUCAACAUGUGACUGAACAAACGAUUGCUAGGCUAGCGCUGCAAGACAUACUGGCUGAAGUCUGUUCGAAGAGUCCACGCAAGUCACUCAAUUUUAAUGGAGAGGCGGCGCCAGAUGUUGUGGUAGACAAAGAAGAUAAGCCACUCGUUGACGAGUUCCGAUCGACUCUUACCUGCGGUUGGAAUGCUACGAUUCGUGCCAAUGAAGAUGCAAUGACUAGUCAGCCUGGGCCUGGUGAAGAGGAAGGAGAAGCUAACGGCGGCGGUGAAGAUGAAGAGGUUGCUAAUGGCGGUGGUGAAGAUGAAGAGGAUGCUAACGGCGGCGGUGACGAUGAAGAAGACCCUGACGAAACUCAGGAAGAAGGUGGAUUCAUCCGACCAAGUCAUAGCGGGCGUUCAGAGAACUCUUUUUCGACCAGGCGAGGUGGCACCCCCAGCGAGUCUUCCUCAAGUUCGGACGAGAGUCAGGUCAAGGUCAAGUUGACUCAGACUAAGGGACGUAUCAGGCACCCGAAGCGUUCUUUGGUCCCUUCUUCCAGCUCUAGCUCAGGCUCUAGUGGUGAGGACGAGGAAGAGACAGACAUUGCAAGAUCUGACACUGAUGGUGGAUUAGAAGAGAGAAGCAGAAGACGUGCGGAGCACCCGAUGAUUGAGUACUCUGCAGGUGUAUCAAGGAAGAAGUAG